CACUACUGGCUGGGCAAGGAGUCGAGCCAGGAUGAGCAGGGGGCGGCCGCCAUCUACACCACCCAGAUGGAUGACCACCUGGGCACGGUGGCUGUGCAGCACCGUGAGGUCCAGGGCCACGAGAGCGAGACCUUUCGCGCCUACUUCAAACAGGGACUCAUGUACGUCAGUCACCCCCCAGGGACCCCCUCCCACAUCAUGAAGCACACGGAGACGAACACCUACAACAUCCAGCGCCUGCUGCAUGUGAAGGGCAAGAAGAAUGUGGUGGCAGGAGAGGUGGAGAUGAACUGGAAAAGCUUCAACCGAGGGGACGUGUUCCUGCUGGACCUGGGCCAGCUCAUUAUCCAGUGGAACGGCCCUGAGAGCAACCGAAACGAGAGGCUGAAGGCGAUGACCCUGGCCAAGGACAUUUGGGACCGGGGCCGUGCCAAGGUGGGCGUAGUGGACGGUGAGGACGAGGGCGCCUCGCCGGGGCUCAUGCAGGUCCUCACGCAUGUGCUGGGUGCGAAGAGUGACAUCAAGGCGGCCACCCCUGAUGACAAAGUGGACCAGAAGCUCAAUUCCUCCCUCAAGCUCUACCACCUCUCCAAUGCCAGCGGGAACCUGGUCAUUCAGGAGGUGGCAGUUCGACCCCUGACUCAAGACAUGCUCCUGCAUGAGGACUGCUACAUCCUUGAUCAAGGAGGUUUCAAGAUCUUCGUGUGGAAGGGCAAGAACGCCAACAAGGAGGAGAAGCAAGAGGCGAUGAGCAGGGCGCUGGGCUUCAUCAAAGCCAAGAACUACCCGGCCAGCACCAGCGUGGAGACGGAGAAUGAUGGGUCCGAAUCAACCAUCUUCAGGCAGCUCUUCCAAAAAUGGACUGUCCCCAACCAGACCAGCGGGUUGGGCAAGACCCACACUGUGGGCAAAGUAGCCAAGGUGGAGCAGGUGAAGUUUGACGCCACCACACUGCACGCCAAGCCCCAGAUGGCCGCCCAGCAGAAGAUGGUGGAUGACGGAUCUGGGGAGGUGGAGGUCUGGCGCGUGGAGAACCAGGAGCUGGUGCCUGUGGAGAAGAAGUGGCUGGGCCAUUUCUACGGCGGGGACUGCUACCUGGUGCUCUACACCUAUUUCGUGGGGCCCAAGGUGAACCGCAUCAUCUACCUCUGGCAGGGCCGCCAAGCCAGCACAAAUGAGCUGGCCGCCUCUGCCUACCAAACCGUCAUCCUGGACCAGAAGUACAACAACGAGCCUGUGCAGGUCCGCGUCACCAUGGGCAAAGAGCCAGCCCACCUGAUGGCCAUCUUCAAGGGCAAGAUGGGUGGCACUUUGCGGGAUGGCAGCAAGGAGCCCACACCCUCCACCCGCCUCUUCCACGUGCACGGCACUAAUGAGUACAACACCAAGGCCUUCGAGGUGCCCGUCCGCGCCUCCUCCCUCAACUCCAAUGAUGUCUUCGUGCUCAAGACCCCCAGCUGCUGCUACCUCUGGUAUGGGAAGGACAUCAUCUCCAAGAUGGAGAAGCCAGUGAUUGCGGAGGGACAGGAGCCACCUGAGUUCUGGGUGGCCCUGGGGGGCAAGUCCCAGUAUGCCAACAGCAAGAGGUACCAGCCCUGUACCCAGGGAUCCCUUGUCCCUACCCAUCCUUGCUCCAACAAGACAGGCACCUUCAUGGCCACGGAGAUCGUAGACUUCACCCAGGAUGAUCUGGAGGAAGAUGACGUUUACCUGCUGGACACCUGGGACCAGGUUUUCUUCUGGAUUGGGAAAGGCGCCAACGAGUCAGAGAAGGAGGCGGCGGCGGUGAUGGUGCAGGAGUACCUGCGGAGCCACCCUAGUGGUCGCGACCUCGACACCCCCAUCAUCGUGGUGAAGCAGGGCUAUGAGCCCCCCACCUUCACCGGCUGGUUCCUGGCCUGGGACCCUCUCAACUGGGCCGACAAGAAAUCCUACGAGGAGCUGAAANNCAGCCUCGGGCAGCUCACCUCAAUGCUCACAACCAGGCAAGAGGUCUUCACCCCCACCACCACCCUGCUCCCCACCAAACUGGAGACCUUCCCCCUGGACGUGCUGGUGAACACCUCGGCCGAGGACCUGCCGCGGGGUGUGGAUCCCAGCAAGAAGGAGCACCACCUCUCCGACCAGGACUUCCAGGCUGUUUUCGGCAUGAACUGUUUGCGCCAGGCCCCCUCCGCCUUCGGCAACCUGCCCUUGUGGAAACAACAGAAGCUCAAGAAGGACAAAGGACUCUUCUAG